GUCGCCCAGGUGGUUGCUGGUGCACGGUCGUGUGCACGAGGGCAGUGAAGGUGCUACAACGAGGGGCGCGCCUUAACAAGGUGAUGCUGCCUGAAACCACCAUACUCACUGCCAUCAUAUCUCCCACCAGUGAGGACAUCGUAACCACUAAUGACAAGUCAUGUAAGGGGCCGGACCCUAGAAACAUGCAGAUUGCUGUGGUUGAGAGUGAUGAGAACUCCCAGAUGAGAUGCGCUGUCAUCAAGCUGGAACACAACCUAGGGGAUGGCUCAAUGAAGACCCACAAAGAUGGCAACAAGAGCAAUACCACUAGCAAAAUUUCCACAAACAGUCUCGGAGCGGAAGACGGCAUAGGGUCAUGGUGGGCUGGACCAGUGGCUUUGGUGAGAAGCUCCUGCAUGAGGAAGAUUAUGUGUUUACUGGUCACCAUAUAUUUCCUGCAAGGAAUCGUGUACCUGGGUCUUCCCCUCAGCUCCAACUCCUUCAGUUCACCCUUCCUGUACAUGAUGCUGUUGGGGGUGGUGGGGUGCCAGCGUACUCUCUGACAGCACCCAUCACUAAGAGACUGGGUCGCCGUACCGUCCAUCUCCUUCUGCUUCUUCACUUGUGGCAUUCUUCUUCUCUCCCUCGUCGUCCUCGACAAGAUUGCCUUCAGCAUUGAACUUGUCAACCUGACGAUGGUUCUACUUAGUUACCUGCUUGUAUGUACCUCAUUCCAGGUGAGUCCAACUGAGUACUCAGGAAACAGACUCACUUCAUUCUGACAAUAAUGGUGCCAGGGGAAUUACACUAGACAUUACAAUAUUUUUC